AAUAAACGUAUCCGGUAAGAGAGAAAAACACAUGGUACAAAAAUGGGAAAGGCAAAGCAACAGCACCGAAAGAAGAAAUUCAAUUACAGUAAAGACCGCAAAAGGAUUUGGCAAAAACUAAAGAAAACUCCAACAAUAACUUGUGAUGAGAUCAGAUCCGCGUAUGACAAGAAGAAAUCUCUGAAGCAGAAUAUGAUCGACAUGGGUCUCGCAAUGGAUCCAAACCAGACCAUCAAGAUUCCAAAGUCAAAGGAAAGAUUUUCUGAGGUCCAGUCAUUGUCGGAAGCUAUUGCUGCUAUGAAUUCUGAUGCCUUGUCCAAAAAGGAAGAAAAACUGUUUGUUCGUGAUAAGUUGGAGGCAGAGGCUAAUGCUCCUCAAGAGCGAAUGGUGCGACUGUCCGAGCCAGAAGCCCGGUUCUGUAUUCACAUGAUGGAGCAGCAUGGGGAGGAUUAUAAAGCAAUGGCCAGAGAUCCAAAGAAUUACUACCAAGAGACUCCUAAACAGAUUCGGCGGAAAAUUAACAUUUUUAAAAGUAUUCCAGAACAGUAUGGGUUGUACUUGAGUUCAAAGAAGAGCAAGGAUUCCACAAUGGAUGCGAGAUACUGUGCAGUGGUUAUUCUAGUAACUUAAGCAGACUAAGUACAUGUACUUCGAAGAUCUUAAAUGGAUGAACAUGUUACCAGUUUGUUUCUUUCAGGUGAAUGCUAUAACAUACUGAAUAGGGUGAAAUCCUAACUGAACAAUGCAUCAUAUGUAAUACUUAAUAAACAUAAUAAAUAUCAGAUUGCACAAAAUGAACAUCAGAUAACAGCUCUGUAUACAAAUAUUUUAUUUUAAUACAAAACCUGGCCUGAAAUUUAGUUUGGGGUCGGUACCUAACUAAGUCCUCUGUAUAUACAAAUGACUUUUAAUUAUGCAAAGUCAUUAAAUUAUUGAUGGUACAUUUUGGAGGGGUGUUCAUUGGAUGUUUAUCAGCACAAAAAACAGCUAGUUGAUAUUUGUAUACAUAUUCAUAUACAGUCCGAUCUCGUUACUACGACAUUUACACCAUCCGACUAAAAAUUGUAAAGAACAAAUGUACGGUACAUCAAUGUUAUUACGUUCAUUACACUGGAAUUCACAUUUUCCAACACUGACCAGAGCUAUUUAGGAACAAACGUGCAUCCGACAUAUGAAAAAACCUCUUUACAACAAUAUUACAUAAUUAAAGAUGCCAUAAUAGGUUAAUUGGGGCACUGCUAAUGACCGUUUAGCAGUACACAUGCAGACAUUAGGCAUUUUGUAUUUCAUUGUGAGUCGACGGUGUCAAAUAAUAACGUCCAAGUUACCGAUGUCUAAAUAUGUAGAUGUGUAUGCCUUUGAAAAUAAGCCUUUACUCAUUCAGUUAAAGGAUUAACUUCGAAUAAUGAAUUCUUGUUUUUAUGGGUUUUUGGAAAUGUGCAGGACAGAAGUAGGUACCAAACAUAAAUGUCUUUAACCAGGGAAUGAUUAGAUGGACAGUGAAUAUGCCUUGAUGUAGGCCUGUUGAUUAAUAUAUAUAGUAAUGAUUUAUAAAAAUAUAUAUUAUUACAUAUACAUGUUUUCUUUUCACAUUACCUGUCCUCAAACGAGUGCACCCCCCCCCCCCCCCCCCCCCCAGCUAGUAGUCUGGUCCGAACAUAUUCCCUCUAGUUCUGGUCACGUGUCUAAAACUUCCUUCUGUUUUUUCUUCGCUAUUUGGUUUGGUCGUCUUUUAUUUGUUGUGUGUUUUUAAUAAUAAUUGCAAUGCAUUUAACUAGUUAAAUGGUAUUCAGUCUUCAGUUACUAUUAAUUAGGUUGUUUUGGGUUUUUGUAUUGCAAAGAAGGUAACUCAAGACAAUUUCACUACUAUGGCAAUUUCGAUGUAAUGACAAAGUGACCAAGGGACGAACGUGGUCGAUAUAACAAGGUGUGACGGUAUAUGUACAUGUGUACUGUUAUUUGUAUUGAGUCAGUGUUGGCUGUAUUGUAUAUCAUUCAAUAAAGCCUUUAAAUAUGUACAACA